UUGGCCCCAGCCUCAAUGCUGGGUCUGGAGGGCCCUUGCUGGGUUGGCCGAGGGCCUGAUGGGGGCCUUGCUGUAAGUGAAGAGUUUGGCAGUGCCCGCCAGCCCCUGGGCUCCCUUGGGACCCUGACAGGAUGCACUUUUCGCUGCCCAGCAGGUGUGUGCUCUGACUCAGAUGGCAGUGUUAUUGUGGCCAAUGAACAUAGGCCCCAGGUGACCCUGUUUCCCCAGAUUAGGCCGCCCAUCUGCCUACUGUUCAAGGGGCUGGAGCAUCUCUUGGGUGUAGCCUGUACACCCCAGGGCCGGCUUGUGGUGGCAGACGCUGGGGAUGACUGCAUCAAGGUGUACCAGCCUCCAAAAGAGAGCAGUCCCUUGCCAUGCUUGGCCAAUCCCUGUGCCUUUGAACCACUGUGA